GUUAGGGUUUAUAGAGAAUCAGCGCCAAAACCUCUGAGACUUCCAAUCGACCGAUUUUCAAUUCUAUCUCUAUCCUUUCUCUACAGACAUUCGCUGUUGGAACUUAGUCAUGGACACAAUCAAGGGCAGCUGGAGUGGACAAGUUGUUGCUCUAGCAGCCAACAACGAUUCUAAGAAAUCGAGGAUUAGACGGUCGAAAGAAGAGAGAAAGGAAAUGGUUGAAUCUUUCAUAAAAAGAUAUCAAAGUUCAAACGCCGGAAAUUUCCCUUCCCUCAACCUCACACACAAAGAAGUCGGGGGUUCUUUCUAUACAGUUCGGGAGAUUGUUAGGGAAAUUAUUCAAGAAAAUAGAGUUCUGGCUCCACCUAAGUUGUCUCUAGGACAAGAACAUUCCGAAUUCCUUGAACAACAUCCAUUAGGAUCCAUUUCUAUGGAACCUCGUAUGGAUUUGCUAACAUUGAAUGGAAGUUCUACGAUCACAAGUGAAGGGAGCAUUUCUUCUUUGGAAUUGGACAAUGAACAAUUCACCGAAAUAAUCAAAAUCGAGAGUGAAGAAGUAUCGAAUCGUAAGGAACAGCUGGAUCAACACGAACCUCUCGAAAAUGGGAAGAUUGUGAAUGGUGAUGUCGAAAUGCUCGAAGAUAAUUCACACCCUGAUUUAGAAAAAUCCAUUGAUGUUAAGGAGCAAAUUCUUGAUGAAGCUGAUCGGGUAGUGGAAAAAUCACGAGGAUUUACACAAAGAAUUAUCCCAAAGCCGGUGUUUUUUGAGAAUUUGGAUAGGGAGAGAAAUGGAGAUGCUCUACUAAAUGGUGCUUCCCUAAAUCCCGACAUUGUGGUUGAGAAAUUUCCAUUGAGGCCUGUCUCUUGUACAAUUCAUGACGUUGAUGGAGAAUUCGAAAAAGUUCACAAUCCAAUUGUGAAAACGAAAGAUAAGCACAGUCAAGAUGAUCAAUCAAAACUUCAUCUAGAUGAUGCUAUCGAGCGUGAAUCCAAGACUGCAUUGCACAAAAGAUCGCAGGCGGGUAGUUCCACCGAACACAACUCUACUUCAGCUAGAAGAAAUUUUAAUGAUCUGGAUUACACUGGCAAUCUAAAUCGUGAAACUCCGAUGAAAUCUACCGGACCUGAAAACAAUCCACUCGUUGCAUUACUCAAGGGGAUCGCGUCUUUCUUCAAGUUUUGGACCGAAUGAGGUAAAAUAUGCUUCUCCUUGUUGUUCUUUUCAUAACAUUAUUGUGUCGAUUCGAAUGUGGUGUGUGUUUUCGCCCUUCUUCUACAACAUGCUCGAAGAUGUUUAUCUCAUUGUUGUAUUUGAUGUGUCUUUUGCACCAUAGAAUCAUAUCUGGUUUUUCGAGAAGGUAUAGAAACUCUUUGAUAAAUUUUUGUGUUCGUGUUCGAAACCCGACUUCUUUUAAGGGAUUAGAGCCUCUUUUAGUGAAUUAGAUUUUCAUAAUUUUGUUUAGUUUUAGGAUACUGAUUGGCAACUUAAAAAUACUAUAGAUUACAUAUGAAAAUAGGUCAGACAUCGUGUGUUUAUAUAUAAUGUGCUGUUUAAUAUU